GUGUGUGCUUAUGACAGGGCUAACAGCAGUAGUCGUGGUUGGAGCAUACUUAGAGACAACUUGCUGGAGAUUGGUGGGAGAAAGAUCAGCUCAUAGAAUAAGAACAAAGUACCUAAGAGCUGUUUUACGACAGGACAUUGGAUUUUUUGACACAGAACUGAAUACUGGUGAAAUUAUGCAUGGAAUUUCCAGUGAUGUGGCACAAAUCCAAGAAGUGAUGGGAGAAAAGAUGGCACAUUUUGUUCACCAUAUCUUUACUUUCAUCAACGGCUACGCAGUUGGUUUUAGAAGAUCGUGGAAGGUUUCCCUGGCAGUUUUUGCAGUCACACCACUGUCUAUGUUCUGUGGCCUUGCUUAUAAAGCCAUCUAUGUUGGCCUAACACAGAAAGAAGAGGAAUCUUAUAGAAAAGCUGGCAGCAUUGCAGAGCAAGCAAUGAGUUCAAUUAGGACUGUAACUGCUUUCGUAGCAGAGGACUUUUUAGAUGCAAAAUAUGUGGAAUCUCUGGAGAAUUCGGGGCGUUUGGGGGCAAAGGUUGGUUUUGCUAAAGGAGCAGGAAUUGGAGUUAUUUAUUUAGUUACUUAUGCGACAUGGGCAUUGGCUUUCUGGUAUGGUUCAAUCCUUGUAGCAAAGGGAGAGCUUUCAGGUGGUGAAGCCAUUGCUUGUUUCUUUGGGGUUAACGUCGGGGGCAGGGGCUUGGCUCUAUCCCUAUCUUACUUUGCUCAGUUUGCACAAGGAACAGUUGCAGCUACUAGGGUGUUUGAAGUUAUAGACAGGAUUCCAGAGAUAGAUCCCUACAGUCCAGACGGAAGGAGGUUGUCAACUGUAAGAGGGAAAAUUGAAUUUAAAUGUGUUACCUUUGCAUAUCCGGCUCGUCCAACUGUCCAGAUUCUCCAGUCUCUUAACUUAGUCAUUCCAGCUUCUACGGCAUUAGCAUUAGUAGGCACCAGUGGAGGUGGAAAGUCGACGAUCUUUGCUCUUAUAGAAAGGUUUUAUGAUCCUGUUCAGGGUCUAAUUACCUUGGAUGGUCAUGAUAUAAGAACAUUGCAAGUGAAGUGGCUGAGAAGUCAGAUAGGUAUGGUUGGUCAAGAGCCGGUACUAUUUGGAACAAGCAUACUUGAAAAUGUGAUGAUGGGAAAAGAAAAUGCUACCAAGAAAGAGGCUACGGCUGCUUGCGUUGCAGCAAAUGCUCACAGCUUUAUUGCAAGACUUCCAGAAGGCUAUGAUACACAGGUUGGAGACCGAGGAACCCAACUCUCUGGAGGACAAAAGCAGCGGAUUGCUCUUGCUCGAGCAAUGGUUAAAGACCCAAAAAUUCUUCUGUUAGACGAACCAACAAGUGCCUUAGACCCCGAGUCUGAGGCCAUUGUACAACGGGCCAUUGACAAGAUCUCCAAGGGCAGAACCACGUUAGUGAUUGCCCAUAGAUUAGCUACAGUAAGAAAUGCUCACACUAUAGUCGUUCUUGAUCGUGGUUCAGUUGUUGAGACAGGUAACCAUGAUCAGCUAAUGGAAAAGGCUGGGGUCUACUUUGGUCUCAUCAAGCUUGCUUCGGAAGCAGUCCCAAAACCUAUGUCAAAACAGGAAGACGUGGAAUUCUCUGCCUAUGAGAAAUCAACUUAUGAUGUAUCGAAAGUGAAAAGUGUAUAUGAAAUCUCAAGAUCAAAGUACCUAGAAUCUAUGCAAGAAGGAAGCCACAGAGAAGAGGUAGAAGAAGGAGAGCAAGCAAAGAUGAAGAGCUAUCGUCUCUCAGAAUUAUGGAGCCUGCAGCGACCGGAGCUGAUAAUGCUAUUAGUAGGGCUAAUAUUGGGUAUGCUUGCAGGUGCAAUUCUCUCCCUCUAUCCCUUAGUUCUAGGGCAAGCACUUAAAGUCUACUUUUAUACGGACAUGUCAAGAUUGAAAAGGGAAGUUGGAUACCUCUGCUUGAUACUAGUUGGUCUUGGAUUUGGGUGCAUAUUCACUAUGGUAGGACAGCAAGGCUUCUGUGGUUGGGCGGGUACCAGGCUCACCAUGAGAGUUAGAAGUUUCUUGUUUAAAGCUAUACUCAAACAAGAACCUAGUUGGUUUGAUCUUGACGAGAAUUCAACUGGAGUUUUAGUGUCAAGGCUUUCUGUUGAUUGUGUCAGUUUCAGGUCUGUUGUCGGUGAUAGGUUUUCUGUACUGCUAAUGGGGCUGAGCUCAGCAGCUGUUGGACUCGGUGUGUCAUUCAAACUUGAAUGGAGAUUAGCUCUUUUGGCCACUGCUCUCACACCAUUUACUCUAGGAGCAAGCUACCUCACUUUGAUUAUAAAUGUAGGAGGAAAACUAGACAACAGCUCUUAUGCGAAAGCUAGCAGUAUAGCUGCAGGUGCUGUGUCAAAUAUAAGAACUGUGGCAACAUUCUCAACUCAGGAGCAAAUAGUUAAAUCAUUUGAGCAAGCUUUAUCUGAGCCCAAGCGAACAUCAGUAAGAAGGUCACAAAUGCUUGGUCUAGCACUAGGCCUUUCUCAAGGUGCAAUGUAUGGAGCAUAUACCCUGACUCUAUGGUUUGGUGCUUACCUGGUAAAGCAAGGUUAUACCAAUUUCGGUGACGUAUAUAAGAUUUUCCUAAUACUUGUGCUGAGCUCAUUUGCUGUUGGACAACUUGCUGGACUUGCCCCAGAUACUUCUAUGGCUUCAACUGCAAUACCUGCUGUUCUUGCUAUCAUUAACCGUAGGCCAUCAAUAGGCAAUGACCGUCUGAAAGGUAAAAAGAUUGAAAUGUCAAAGCCAUUUGAUAUAGAGUUUAAGAUGGUCACAUUUGCAUAUCCGUCAAGGCCAGAUGUCAUAGUAAUGAGAAACUUUACACUUAAGAUCAGAGGUGGGACGAUGGUAGCAUUGGUUGGAGCAAGUGGAUCUGGAAAAUCAACAGUGAUAUGGAUGAUACAGAGGUUUUACGACCCAACACAAGGGAGAGUACUAAUGGAAGGGGUUGAUCUGAGGGAGCUGAAUUUGAAGUGGUUGAGAAGGCAGACAGCUCUGGUCAGUCAAGAACCAGCCUUAUUUGCUGGCACCAUUAGAGAGAAUAUUGCAUUUGGUGAGCCUAAUGCUUCAUGGGCUGAAAUUGAAGAAGCAGCAAAGGAAGCUCACAUUCAUAAAUUUAUCAGUGGGCUUCCUCAAGGUUAUGAAACAGAGGUCGGUCAGAGUGGUGUUCAGUUAUCAGGCGGACAGAAACAGAGGAUAGCAAUUGCAAGAGCCAUACUGAAGAAAUCAAAGGUGCUCUUAUUGGAUGAAGCUAGUAGUGCACUGGACUUGGAAUCAGAGAAGCAUGUUCAAGAUGCACUCAGGAAGAUUUCCAAGAGGGCUACCACAGUAGUGGUAGCUCAUCGGCUUUCUACAAUUAGAGAAGCCAGUGUGAUUGCUGUUGUGAAGGAGGGCACAAUAGCAGAACAUGGAAGCCAUGACAAACUCAUGGCUUCUCAACUUGAUGGUCUAUAUGCUAGCUUAGUUCGGGCAGAAACAGAAGCCUUGGCAUUUUCUUGAACCCGAUUAUGAGUAUUUGGAAGCUCGUCAAAACAUUGUCCUUAGGAAUUACUUCAUCAUACAGAUUAAAAAAUCCAUU